UUAUACAAAUAAAUGAAUGAACCAAUAACAAAACGUCUGAACCUCGGAUUCCAUUCAGACUUCAACUUAUACCAACCAAUUUGCAUGUCAUUUCCUCAUAAACCAGGAAGGCAGUACAGAAGUUUCUCGCCGUUCUUCUUUCGGUUUCUCUGCUCGGUUAAAUCCCGUCUUCACUUCACUAUUUUUGUGUUUUUCACUUCUUUUUUUGGCUAAAUGGCUCUUGAGGAUGAUCUGUCAUGUCCUGUGUGCACUGAGGUCUUCACUGAUCCUGUGUUAUUGAGCUGCAGUCACAGUUUCUGUCGUCAGUGCAUUAAUAAUCACUGGACCUCGAGCGGCUCCAGAAACUGUCCCGUCUGUCGACAGGUGUCACCUCAGAAACCGGUGUCCAAUCUGGGCCUUCGGAACGCCUGUGAGACAUUCCUGAAAGAGAAACGCACGGAGAGAAAGAGGGAUGGAGGACUGGAAUGUCUUCUACAUGGAGAGAAACUUCAGUUGUUUUGUCAAACAGACGAUCUGGUGAUAUGUUCGGAUUGUAAGAAACAUGAGCACAGGGGACACAAAAUACAGCCCCUACAAGAGAUUAUACGCCAACGCAAGGGGAAGCUAAAAGCAGCUCUUCGUCCAACUGAGAGGACCUUGUUGACACUACAAAAUAAUACAGCAGUGGAUGACAAAAUCUCUAAAUACAUCCAGAAUCAAGCUCAGCAGACAGACAGAAGAAUAAGGGAGGAAUUUAAGAAACUCCAUCAGUUCCUCAAAGAGGAGGAGGAGAGCAGGAUUGCAGAUCUAAAUAAGGAAGAGAAAGAAAAGAAAGGAAAGAUGGAGAGGAGAAUGAAAGGAAGAAUACGGUCACUGUCAGAUGCAGUCAGAGAGGUGGAAAAUGCAAUGAAGGAUGAUGACAUCACCUUCCUUCAGAACUAUAACAGCAUAAUGAAAAGAAUUGAGAACACACUCCCAGAUCCAGAGCCAAGUUCAGAAGCUCUCAUUGAUGUUCCCAAACAUCUAGGAAACUUGAAGUACAAUGUGUGGGAGAAGAUGAAAGGCAUCUGUCCUUUCUACCCCGUGAUCCUGAAUCCAAACACAGCUCCACCAGAUGUCCAUUUUUCAGAUGACCUGUCCACUGUGACCUUAUGCUCCUACCAGCAGGGUGACCCAAACCCUCUUCCUCUGUACAAGAACCGUAUGGUUUUGGGGAGUGUGGGUUACGGUGAUGGCAUUUACACUUGGGAAAUCAAGGUGGGAAAGAGUCGGCACUGGAGCCUUGGAGUGUGUCUGGGAUUGAUGGAAAAAUGUAUUAUGCAUCCCAAAAUUGACUUCUGGGGUCUCAGACGUGAUGGCGACAUAUACAAUUUCCUGAACACUCCAUUAAAGUUCAUGAUGAAGACGAAUCCUGAGGUAGUGCGCAUGAAGAUCGAGGAUGAUUCUGACCUGAAAUGCAAAUGCUUUAGGAAAGUGACAUUUUUUGAUGCUAGUACUAAUACCCUUUUUGGAAGCAUUUCGGGAGUGCCCUCUGUAUGGGAGCUCUUCCCAUUUGUGAUCCCAGAAGAGCACUCAUCCAAUCUGUGUAUACUCCCAGCAAACAAUGAUCCGACUGUUGAACUGGCUGGACAGAAGCUAUCCUUCUUUGGGAGACACAAUGUCUUGAUUAUCAUCUGUGUUUGUUUUGUUGUGGCUAUGUUAAUGAUUCUGUCAUGGAUGAUCGAAAUACUCGAUUAAUGAAUAUCUUGAGAAAAGGAAAUAAUUUGAUGGUCAGUAUCAUAAUGGUCUGUUAUACCUGUCCAUCUGACUUCCUGUAGGAAACUGACUUCCUACAAUCACAUUAGCAGAAGCAAGGGUUAUGGGCUGUCUAUAAAAACUGUAUCUAUAGGUGUAAUAUUCAUUUGUUUCAUUUAUUUUCAGUGUAUACAAAGGAAUUGUAUAAUCCUGUUGGAUUGUUAGAUAACCUUUUAAUGUACACAACAGGUAAAAUUAUGUACCCAAAAUGAGUUAUAUGAGUUUUUCUGAGAGUGUAGCAGCAGAUAAACUAGAUAUCCUGAACCAAAGCUAUAUAUGCUGCGUUGUUUUGACUGUCUGUUAAAUAAUAAGUGCUCAAUACUUUAAUUUUACUUUACGCUAAUUUCUUUGGUGUUGACUGUUCACAGCGACUGGGGUGCUAUUAUUUAUAGAGGUUUUUCACAAUUAGUGAAUCAUUAUAGUCAAUGAAUUUACGAUCAGAUGCAACAUACUUAUAAACUUAGUUCAUAAGCUAUAAACUAUAAAGAAAAUUACUUAUAAGCUUUGAGAUUAGGAUCUACACUUUUUUUUCUCUCUCUUUACAAUGGACUGCAGCUUUUUGUUGGUGCCACACACUCCAUAGUGGUACAUUAGAGGAGAUAUAUCAGUAUAAUAAAUAUACUUUAAUAUUAAUGUUGAAUGUUUGGUGCUGUGCAUCUUUGGAAUUGAUCAUUUGUGUAUAAUAUUAGCAAUAAUUUAUCACAAUAUGUAUUUUAUGUAUAACAUGUAUCAUUUUCAUUACUUCUCUCUCACUCUAAGUGGAUGUUUGUUUGAAAAGUUUUCAGUUUUAUUUUAAACUCAAGUAAUAGUAAAAUAUGUAUAAACCUGAGCUGUAGUAUUAAA